AUGUUAUUUCAGAAGUCCUGUUGUUCUUUCGUUUUACUUCUGGUAGCCCUGAGCAUCGCUUCUGCUCUGGGAGAAUCUGGUGGUGAUAAACCAGAGGUGUCUGGUGAUCAACCCAAGAAGGAAGAACCUGGGCGACAUCCGAAUGGAUAUCAUCGAGAAGAGAAUAAAUUAAACUCUAUUGUUCGUUGCAAUUAUACUUCGGAGGGUCCCCGAUCGUGUGCUAGUUGUAAAAACCUUCUGCUAUGUUCUCACUUCAAUGUAGGAGUCUUAGCUCCUUGUGUUGGAAAGAGGAAUCAUUGCAACGAUGGACACUGUUCAGAAACACCAAGUGCAAAGUGUAACUCCACUUCAGACGAACGCCAUUUUCAGCGGUGGAGUAUCUUUCAUUUGGGG